AUGAGAGGUUGGAUCUCCAACUCUCCAGCAGUCAUGCAGGCACUGAACGGUAGUGACACCCCCGAAAGAAGUUUGGACUUCAACAAAGCAACCGCCAUAGAGAAAGUAUUGGGAAUGUGGUGGAACAUUGAAGCAGAUCAGUUUCAGUUCAAACUUCGCACAGAACGCCAUGUGGACCUGUUAUCUGGCACAAAACACCCCACUAAGCGAGAAAUACUCAGCAUGCUCAUGUCUAUCUACGACCCUCUCGAACUUCUGAAAGCGGAGCUGUUCCACUAUAAGCGCGCACAAGAGGACGUGUAUGCUGAUGAAAUGGCCCUUUUGAGAGCUCCUAGGACAGGUGACCAAACACUCCCGAAAAGUAAUCGGCUAUUCAAACUUAGCCCUACUAUUGAUGACGAUGAAAUAUUACGUAUUCAUGGUCGCAUCGAUGCGUGUGAGUAUGUCGGAACCAAUACUAAAUAUCCAAUUAUAUUACCACGAGGGCAUCCACUCACAAAGUUGGUGCUCCAAAGUAUACAUGAAAUGUACCAUCACCAAUGUCACGAAACUUUUGUCAACGAGGCACGCAAGAAAUUCUACAUCCCCAAACUUCGUAUGGAAUGCAAAAAGGUCCGUUCUGAGUGUCAGCGUUGUAAAGUACGCCGCGCGCAACCAACACCACCAGCGAUGGGGAACCUUCCCAAAGCACGCUUAGCAGCUUUCAUCCGGCCCUUCUCAUACGUCGGAAUUGACUAUUUCGGGCCCUUUCAAGUGGUAGUCGGACGUCGUAUCGAAAAGCGUUGGGGAGUUCUAGUGACAUGCCUUACAGUGCGUGCCAUACACAUCGAGUUAGUUCACAGUCUUGACACAAACUCGUGCAUUAUGGCUAUGCGUAAUUGCUUUGCGCGUCGCGGUGUCCCUGUGCAAAUAAUCAGUGAUAGAGGCACUAACUUCAUCGGUGCCGAAAAGGAGUUAAAGAAAUCUUUAGCGGCGAUUAACCAAGAGUCUAUUAUGAGAGAGUUCACAACACCGUCAACGUCGUGGGUGUUCAAUCCUCCAGCUACACCACAUAUGGGUGGCUCGUGGGAAAGGCUGAUACAAUCAGUGAAAAAGGUCCUAUACGAGAUUCAGCCAACUCGCUUACCCAGAGACGAAGUUCUUAGGAACAGCUUGAUAGAAAUUGAAAACAUAGUGAACAGCAGACCACUCACACAUGUGCCAAUAGAGGAUGAAUCAUCGCCAGCGUUAACUCCCAAUCAUUUUUUGGUAGGAUCCUCCAACGGACUCAAGCCUCUAGUGCCAUUCGAUGCCAGUGAAGCUGCUUUGAGGCAAUCGUUCAAGACAUCGCAAGUUCUCGCCAACUAUUUCUGGAAGCGCUGGAUUAGUGAGAAUCUCCCGAUUAUCACUCGGAGGACCAAAUGGUUUGCACCAGUGAAACCUAUCUCGGUUGGUGAUAUAGUCAUCGUCGUCGAUCCCAAGCAACCGAGGAAUUGUUGGCCAAAGGGAGAGUGUUAG